ACCAAUCAGCGUAGUCGCUAGAUUCAUGUGACCUGGCCGCGAUGACGUCAAGUAGAGAGAUAAACAAAGAUCGUGAAAGCUCAGCUGUGCGCUCGGCAGGAUGGAAGAGUACAUGCGGGAGCCAUGCCCCUGGAGAAUUGUCGAUGAUUGUGGAGGAGCCUUCACCAUGGGCAUCAUUGGCGGGGGGGUCUUCCAGGCGGUGAAAGGAUUUAGAAACGCCCCAGCGGGAGUCGGCCAUCGCCUCAGGGGCAGUAUGAGUGCCGUAAGGAUUCGAGCUCCACAGAUCGGAGGUAGUUUUGCCGUGUGGGGGGGCCUCUUCUCCACCAUCGACUGUGGAUUGGUCAGACUGCGAGGGAAGGAGGACCCCUGGAACUCCAUUACUAGUGGAGCUCUGACGGGGGCGGUGCUGGCAUCUCGGAGUGGGCCCCUCGCUAUGGUUGGCUCUGCACUGAUGGGUGGCAUCCUAUUGGCUCUCAUAGAGGGGGUGGGAAUCCUCCUGACUCGCUACACGGCACAACAAUUCCAAAACCCCAACCCGUUUGGAGAGGACACAAGUCACAUGACGCACUGACCCAGGAGCCACAGUGAUGGAAGGAGGAAGCCUUUGCACCGGCAGGAUUGUGUGAUGAAUAAACUGAGUGUUGUUGCUUGGAAA